CCUUCAUGCAUGGAAUACCCUGUUCAUAUCGUCUCUGAUCUCUUACCUUUAAAACGCAAAAUCGAAGGUUUAUUGUAAUUGCGGCAUGGGAGAUCAGAAAGAGCCGACGAUGGUCCACAGAUCCACCUCGUUUAGCAUUAAGAGUCUGCUUCUGCCCUCGAAAAGUGACAAACCGGAGCCUGACAUCUCAGAGAAAACCCCUCUUCCUUCGGGGUCAGACUCAGAAAAAUCCCUGGAACCGGCCGAAAUGGAGUCUCCACCAUCAGAACCGGAAAAAUCAAAAGAGGAUGACGGCCAAACUCCGCGAACGACCGAGACCAGCAAGACCGGAAAAUUUGACAAGCCACCAUUCAGCUACAACGCUUUGAUCAUGAUGGCCAUUAGGCAAAGUCCUGAAAAACGGCUCACACUUAACGGAAUCUACGAGUUCAUCAUGAAAAACUUUCCCUACUACCGGGAGCACAAGCAAGGCUGGCAAAAUUCUAUUCGCCACAAUCUUAGUCUAAAUAAAUGUUUCGUCAAAGUGCCAAGGCAUUACGACGACCCAGGAAAGGGAAACUACUGGAUGCUAGACCCCUCAAGCGAUGAUGUAUUCAUCGGGGGCACCACAGGGAAACUUCGGCGGCGGUCCGCUACCUCCAGGGGUAAACUUGCGAUGAAGAGAGGACUUCGUUUUGCGCCUCUCGGUUUGGGAAUAAAUGACAGAGCAAACAACCCUCUCUAUUGGCAAAUAUCUCCAUUUCUAUCUUUGCACACCCCGCACUAUAACGGAUCAUCUCCUGGAUUUCUGAAUCAAGGGCAUGCGUAUGGCUCCUUACUCCCUGGAGUUGAACAGCUUGGUAACGGGGACCUAUCACGGCCCAUUCUUGGAGGUUCUUCUGGACCGCUGGGUUUAGCUAAUAGCUAUGGUAUGAACACCUCUCCUGUUGGUUUACUAUCAGGACAGAGCGGUUACUUCGUCUCGGGGAGUCAGCAUCCACCGCCACUUCAGCAGAGCGCGGCUGGGUUCGGGGUGCCUACCAGCUCUCCGCCGUCCCUACUCUCGGAGUCGCUCAGAACCUCUUUGCCGUCUUUUAACCCCGGCGUCUCAAGCGGAUUCUCGAGCGUCCUGUCCCAUCAGAAAAGAGUUGCACACAGCUCUUUUUUGAACUGAUCCAAAUGUGACCACAGGAUGUGUAAUAAGGGAUGUGUAAAAAAAAUCGACACUGACUUGUAAUAAUGGCAUAUCCUGUGUGAAAAAGACACAAUAAGUGCGGGUUAAAUUAAUAGUUAAAUGGCCAUAUUAGUGCUUUCUGGAGUGCGCGCGCCAUUUGGUCACAUAGGCUAAUUGAAGGGACAAAGUUUGUUACCUUUAGGUUAUAAACUGACUCUAGACUUGCCAAAGGUAACGAUAUAUCUCAUAUUUAUAUAUCUUGUGUAAACAACUUCAUUGCUUUGGAUAGGUUGGUUAAUUUAUGUUUUAUAUUUAUUUCAAAAUGUAUUUAAGUCCUAUUGUCCUUGUCUCCGUCAGUAUUGAGCUACCCAGAGCGAUAUAAAUUAUUUAUGUAAAUAUGAAUUAUUGCUUUCCGUUCUUUUCGUGGAAAAGCGCCUUAAACAAAUCAGGGUUACAAACACGAAGAGAGAGACAUCUGAAUCUUCUCAGGUUCUUCUAGGUUCAGCCUACUGUAAUUAUGUAACGUGGGCUACUGCUGUAUUCUUGUACAUAAUAAUCAGUGUUAUAGUCUAUAAACCAUUUUAGACAACAGACUGAAUUAUAUACUUAAAUUUAUUUCCGUUUUCUUUGUGUGUCAGACUGAGAGAUCCAUAGCGUCGACUGAUUCGUUAUGCGCAUGCACAUGCCAUGUCAACCGGCUGCAUGAUAGUGGGCCUCAGUAUGUUAGCAUGUCAUAUAGAAAAUCAUCUAUUCAUUUCGUUAACAACGAGGAGAUCCAUUUGUAUUUGUUGUGUUCAACAGUACCAUAAGGCUUACUGUUUUGAUCAUGUUUCUUUUGUAGGUCCAGAAUUUCUCAAAUGGAAUUCAAGAGAAAGAUAGGAAAAAAAAAAAAAAAAAAAAUCAAAUCCGGACCCAGAAUAUGAUCUCAAAGCUGACAUUUAUUUUUAAAUAUUUUUUUAAAAGACAAGUCCUCAUUCCAUAGCACUUAUUUCAUUGAAGAAUGAGUCUACAUUUCUUCAAAAUUCCCACCAGAAAUGUAUCCACUUUCAAAUUGAUUUACAUGAAAAUACAAAGCGUGUAGGCUAGGCUACUAGUGAACCACGUGCAUGAGUUUCACACAAAAAAUCCCAAGACAUUUUACUGUAUAAUUUCGUAUAAGUUGUAAUUGUUUAUUUCUCAAUAUUGCAUUUUUUGAUGUCGGGAUUUUAUAUGCAAAAUCUUUCUACGUUUUGCACUUUCAGU